GUCAAUGAGAUUGCAAGUGCUUAUGCAUCUCUAGGGUAGUUUUUUUUUUUUUUGUUACAGCAUAACCAGUUGACUUUUGGAUAGCAAUUAAUUUUUUUUACUGCAUUAAAUGUGUAUAUCUUUAAUAACUACAUAACUUAUGCAACAGACUAUAUCUUUGUUGUAAUGGACACUUUUUUUUAAUCUUGUUUUUGAAACUGCAACUCCGUUGGCAUUCUAAAAUUAUCUUUACAAGCCUAUUUCUACUAUGUUAAAAUUCCUUUGGCAUCAACACUACAUUUAUCACCAGAAAGGAUUGUGGAACCAGUACUAACGGGAGUUGUAAAUUGUCUUUAACAGGGUUUGUGUUUUUAAUUUGCAAGAUAAAUUGGGGAUUUCUUUUAGCUAUUUUGGUUUUUAUAAACUACACGGUGUUUCCAAUGAGGGUCUUUUAUUUUUUUGCUGAACAACAUCAUAACAGCUGUAGGUAUUAUAAACAAUACAUAUUGGUAAACUAAACCUUUUAAUAUGUGGAAGGAAAAUCUAGACUCUGCACCAUACCUUCUGGUAAAAGUUGGUGAUUUAGUUGUGCUGUCAGACUGAAGCUACGGAGGGGUGUUGAAUGUGGUCAGUGGAUUACUGCAUGUUCCUGUCAAGGCUAAAAUGAAUCAUCUGUGAACACUUUAUUGUUUACCUUGGAGGAGCUCAUCACGACCUGAGUGUUUCAGUGUUUAGUGUGAAGUUGUCCACGGUGCCAUUUGGACUGCGUCUAUCGCCUCUGUCCCAACAGCUGCACCUAAUGUGUGAAAAUUAUCAUGCUCUCCGUUAGCACAAAUUAAUCCAUGAGUCUCAUUGUCAUAUAGAUUGACCUAAACCAGCAUUGUUGAAGCACCUCUACAUAGAUUUAUUGCUCAUCUGUGUGUUUUUUUCAAAAAGAAAAGGGAGUUUGUCAGCAUGUUUCACCUCACAGUGAAAAUCCCAUGUUGGUUCCACUCUGAGCAAAGGGUGCAAAGGGUAAGUGUGACGACUCACACACUCCACAGUUUAUGAACAGUAUGUAAGCAGAGAAUGUAAAGAUUCCUGUAUUGUUCUCUCCUCAGAGUUCAUAUUUGUUUUAAUAUGUGGAUGCUAGUGGAGCCUGGCCAAACAUGGUUGUCUCUGACUUGACCCGUCUAUCAACUCUGUUCCCUACCAGAUCGCGUCCAAGAUACCUGCACACUGUCCUCACCAUCUUCUAAAUCAGUUUAUUAAAAAUGUUGUAAGAUGAGACUUUUUCUCAUUUUUUAAGCUUUCUGUACUAGAAUUUCUUUUUAGGUUGCGAAGUAAACAUGGGAAUCGCUUUUUUUUGAGUCUGCAGACAGUUUUGAGAGAGAGAGGAGACAAGGAGGAGCAAGGCGUGUCUGUGCUUCAUGGUAUAAUGAUGGACUACCAUUAUUGGCAUGCUGGUAGAAGCUUGGGACCUAAACCGAAGAGUAAAUGAGCAAAAAUCCAAAAAUGCAAGUUCUGAGAAUGUGGAUUGUGAUCAUUUGUGUGAGCGGCACAAUUUAUUCAGAGGAAACCCAAGAAUUAUUGCAUGACCUGAAUGCAAUCCUGGAAAUAAACUCUGACGCACCUGAAAUAGAAAUGGCUGCCAGUCAUUCAUCAGGGACUGAUUCAGGGGAGAGGAUUUUGGAUCAGCAUAUCACUGGAACAGAAGUGCAGCCCCAACUGGAAUCAGAAAGAAAGACGGAUCAGAGGAAAGCUGAUCCUAAAAAGCUAGAGGUUGUCAGAGGAAGGAGAAGUGCUUGGGGCAGGAGAAGACACGCUGCUACAGUAGAGGCCGCUGCGUAUCGAAUAGCCGGAUUAAGGCAACCUCUGAAAGGCUGGAGACAGAGUGCUAAGGGAGAGAUGGAAACUAGCCUCCUUAUGGCGACACUGAAGGAACUUCAUGCGGAAAAGAAACGACUGAUGGAUAAUGGAAAAACACAAGAGGAAGAGGAGGAGGAAGGUGAGGAGGAGGACAGCGAAGAGGAAGACGAAGAAGAAGAAGAAGAAGAUGAUGAUGAUGAUGACGAUGAAGACGAUGAAGAAGAGGUUUCAUUUUAUUCAAAAUCCUGCUGUUGUAUGCAUCAUUAUCUAGUGUGCAGUAUGUAA